AUGGAGUCCUCUGGCCCCAAAAGGCAAAAGCAAAAUGGGGUUCCUUACCCAUACAUCCCGUUCACAGACCAGGACUACGGGGACCACGAAACUGCAAACCACCCCUUUUUCAUCCGGACAGUGCCAUGUCUCCCGUUAGAAGAGAUUUCCAAGUUUGAUAAACUUCGCGCUGAGUUGAUAACAAUGACCAACGACGAGAACGAGAUGUUCGUUCGGAGCUGCCAUCCAAGCCUGUGCUCCCAGGGCACAGUCAUGGUCUCUGAAUCGAGCUUCGGCGAACCUGUGUGGCUUGUGCUGUCACCCAUCACCGCGCCAGAGAAGAUUUAUGCAGGUGGAAGAGCAAUCCAUUACUACCCCGCCCAUCACAGCGAAUUCAUUCCUUGGCUACUAUCGCCACGAUCAACUGCUGGGUACAAUCGGUAUUUCGACCGUUACAUCAAUCCCCGACGAUUCCUGCGAGCAACAGAUCUUAAUAGCCUCCGAGAGCUUUUUCCAGCCGCUAUAGGCGCGACUGUACUGAUUGCCGGUUUCCUCAUUAUUCUGUUUGAUGAUAUGCAACAUGUACGGAAUGCGUACACCGAAAUUUACCCACUGGAAUUAGCUGGCAUGCUUGUGUACUUCGAUGUUGCCAGAGAUGAGCUCUCAACAACUCCUGUUGAGUACGGUCUUGAUACCGAUACCCGCAUUGGGGAAGAAAAUACCCGUGCAGGGUGUAUUGGUCUGAAGGUCCGGCUCCAGGAUGGAACCGAAGCAAUCACCACAGUGACUCAUGGAUUUGUGAACUGCCCAGGGACUUCCUUGGCAACAACUAUGCUGAAUGUUGUUCGCCAAAUGCUCGACAAAGCAAAGAAAACGCUGGUCCGAUAUCUCCCAGCGCGAAUUGCCGAAGAUAACAGAUUCAUCACAUACUCCGGCGUCCUUACAAACAAUCCUAUCGGACGAGAAGUGUUGAUCGCUGCCUCCCAUCAUCGGAUUGGACACAUCUCGCGUACCUAUGACCAACCAAGUCGGAUUAAACCCUACCCGCAUGGCUAUGAUCAUGACCUUAGCCUUGUCACCGAUCCCGCACUCCCCGACGUAUGUAACCCACCUGGUUAUCCAGCAGUAUCUGAGUGGGCAGACUACUCCACCGCUCUCGAUGGAAGACAAGACGUCUAUACUGUGUCUCAUCAUGUGCAAGCUGGAAGGUGGAGAGCUAUUGAGGGCAAGGUGGAUCAAACUCUGUUCAACAGGUCGGUAAUCUUAGGAACAGGUUACAGAUGGAGCCAGAGAGAGAACACGCAAGCCGCUGUCAUACUAUGGCACACUGAGCCGGCCCUAACUCCAACACAAGGAUGGUCUGGAGCACCAUUAUGUGUUGGGCGACCGAACGAUCCGAUUGCCAAAGCACUGGCUUUCCAGAAUUUUCAGCAGGCAUUCAAGUUGCCAUUGAAGGAUGGCAAGCCAGACGGUGUAUUGAUCAAGGCUGGUUUUGUUCUCCCCGCAGACAUCAAGAACUCUACCAUUCUUAGCGCGAAUUCGGAGGCCACCCGCCCCCUUUUCAAUACCCUCCCUGCGAAAAUUCGGAACUCUAGUGAGGCUUCCCCCCAGAGACGCAGUUUCUCUGCCGUCUAG